AUGAAAGGUGAGCUUGAUCGUGCGCACCAAAUUCAGCGCAUGACUUCAAGUCAUUCAUUCCGGCUGGAGAACGAUGUGGUGCGUCUAAAGCAAAGGCUCGAGCAGACCACGCGUCGUAUGCAGCAUAUCCAGCGCGAAUUGGAAAGUGCGGAAGCUCAACUGCGGAUCGCAACCACGAUUCACACGCAAUAUAACCAGUCGAAGCGAGCUUUGAUCGAACUCAACCGCAAAGUUCGUACAACGGCUGACUGGAUGCUGGAGAAGAUAAGAGAGCGGCAACAUUCUCGGUGCUCGAACUGUAUGAGCGAGUGGGCCGAAAUGAAGCGCAUUGCCCGAGAUCUUGCUGCAGUUGAAUCGGGUCCAAGGACCUGCUGCCAGCGUCACACUCGUCAACGAUCAACAAGAAUCACCGGCAGAGCACCUUUGACGCUGUGCUCGAGCCAGCCGCGAUCGGCUGUGUCGUACCUUGGGCAAAAUCAGAGUUAUUGCGACUUUUGA